AUGUAUCGGCUACUCUUUUACCUGCUCAGUGGCUGUCUGCUGCUGCUUUUUGUGGCAGGGGAAUCAUCAUUGGAGGAGCAGUCGUCAGAGGAGAUUGUAAUGGAUACGACAGCCAUUUAUUUGGAGGAUUUUCCGGCUGUUUCGGCGGAGCUGAUGGAGCUGGGAGAACCCUCGGUGGAUGAGCAGAAUGUGAUGACAGCACAGAAGAUCAAUUGGAUGCCCGUGUGGCAGGAGCAGGAUCAGGAUAAUCCAAGGGUAGCUCGUCAAGUGAUGGAAGAAUCGAUCUCCUCCACAGAGGCGAUCUCCACGGUGAUGGAAACCACUACCAAGAACAGCCUGGAGGAGCUUUUGAGCACUCGGGAUAACAAAGAGUGUCCCAGCACUGCCCAACGUGGACUCACAAAUCUCAUACGCGUGGCACGACCCAUGUUGCCUGCCGCAGAGCUCCGCAACAUCUUCGCCAAUGCCGUAGAGGAUCCUCAGGUGAGGGAUCUCCUGACGCUGCUGAAGAGCAAUCCCUUCAAGGAACAGGUGGCACUUUUGCGGUCCACCAAGCAGCAUCAGAUGCUGCAGGACUAUAUCUGUCGUCGCCUGAAGCUGGACCCCGCCUACUACUUCGAUUAUGUGAGGAUUUUCCUCAACAUUCACACCACAGAGGCACCCACCAGCCCUCUGCCCAAUCGUCGCAAAGGAAUACGUGGCCUGCUGCAGGAUGUCCGGGAUGUCCUGCCUCGUACCGCACUGAGGGAUCUCUACUUGCGGAUGUACGCCUCGGAUGCGGAGCUCUCCAAUGCUGUGCGUCUCGUCCGCAGCUUGGAGUUCCGUCGAUUGCUGCAGGAUGUCCGCUCCUUGAAGGAGUAUCGCGGCUUGACUGGGGAUCUGGAGAAGGCGGGUGUGCCCCUGCGUCAGAUCCAACAAUUGGUGGCAAGUGCAUUGGGUUGGGCCACCUUGGAUGCCACUUUGGGGGCAGAGACAGUCAUUUUUGCUGACUAA